AUGACCUUCAUGUGCUUGGCACUUUGGUUUAUACCGGCUUUGAUCGUGAUCUUCAUUAGUGCCGAGUCGGAACUUGAGGAGUUGAGAGCCGUACUCAAGGCCAUCACUUCAGACUUGCGUCAUCAAGGUGCGAUGGCUAACAUGGAGAACUACAGACGGAUGGAUCUUUUGGUAAGAUUGAUACCUGCCAGACAGUUGGUAGUACAUCGAGACCGCAUGGCUCGCUUGUUCAGACUGUCGAUGAUGAUUGGGAUUACUGAUUUGAGUGUUUUAUCUUUGAUCUACGGGCCACUCUUAGCAAUCUCCAUCGGGACCAUUCGCAAAAAAACCAGCGAAUGUACUUUUGCCAUCGCCACUUGUACGGCAGAGCGGUCCAUACAAUUCAAAAGAAUCGAGCGUAGGUUAGCAAAAGAGCAUCAGACGCUCCUACAGCACGCCCUCGCUGCAUAUGGCUCGACCUUGAUCUUUAUCCCUGUUAUUGCCUGGCAAUUAUCAUAUAAGGGCACUACUUUUAUGCAAAACAAAAAGUGGCUUAUUCUCACACAAAUCGUUAGUUUAUCAGGGACUGGCCUUCUAUCUGCAGUCGGGAUACAUACUGACAAUUCACUCCUUCCAGGGAAUGCACGGUCCUUUCGCCAUUGGCGGGAACAUGUUGAGUCUUCCUUUUCUCGUAAUCGUGCGAUAAUUGAUUGUAAAUUGACCUCGAAUAUGAUCUCUAGCAUCGGAUUCCUGCUUAAUCAACAAGCAAAGAGAUUAUUAGAAACGCACAGGGCGGUCACAGAAGCAUGCCUAGGCUCUAGCAAAGAUAAAGAAUCUUACGAGUCGUCGUGCCCAACGGAUUAA